AAAAUAAUUUACCGCUGAACGCCGCGGCGCGCCGAUUCUCAUAAUUUAUCAUAUUUUAAAUUUUACUUUAUAACAGUCUAUGCCUAAUUUCCUAUGUAAAAAGACUUAAUAAACUUAUAAAAUGGGUCUUCUAGAACUGUGCGAAGAAUAUUUUAAUACUACAAAUUUGUAUGAAGUACUCCAAAUUUCCGAAACAGCUACUGAAAAAGAAGUUAAAAAAGCUUAUCAUAAAUUAUCAUUAAAAGUUCAUCCGGAUAGAGUAAAAGAUGAUGAAAAACUAAUAGCUACCGAAAAAUUCAAAGUUCUUGGUGGCGUUCAUGCUAUUUUAAGUGAUAAAAAUAAAAGAGAAGUUUAUGACACCACCAAAAGUGUUGAUGAAGAUGAAUACAAUGUUAUGAAAGAUAAAGAUUGGACAGUAUAUUGGAGAUUGUUAUUUAAAAAAAUAACAGAAGAAGAUAUCAAAGCAUAUGAAAAAGAAUAUAUAGGUUCUGAAGAAGAAAAAAAUGACUUAAAAAAUGCAUAUCUAGCAGGCAAAGGUGAUAUGGAUUACAUUGUAGACCAAGUUCAGUUUGCACGAUCAGAACAUGAACCUAGACUUCGUGGUAUCCUCACUGAAAUGAUAGAGCAAGGUGACAUCCCAGCAUAUAAAAUAUUCACACACGAACCUGCAAAAAAGCGUCAGCGUCGCCACGCAAAAGAAAACCGUGAAGCAAAAGAGGCUGAAGAACUGAUAAACACGCUUGGUCUUAAAUCCGGUGAAAAUAGCCUAGAGCUAAUGAUCAAACAAAAACAAGAAGCACGCAUGAAACGAAUGGACUCUUUAAUUGAUGAUUUAGCAGCUAAGUAUGGUGGCAAAUCCAAAGGAACAAAGAGAAAAGCAUCAUCAAAGACAGAAUCAACUGCCAAAAAUAAAAGAAAGAAGUAAUGAGAUAGGAAUUUGUUAAAUUUAAUGUCUGUAACAUUCAUUAUGUAUAAAAUUCAUUUAUUGUUUUUCUGGACCAUAUUUGGGCGAAUACCCAACUAUAGUGAAUAACGAAAGAAGAAACCAAACAAUAAAAUGGAGAUUUACUUGAGAUAGAUUCAUGACAAUUUUUUUAUGUUAGUUUUAAAACUCGACCAUAUUUAAAAUUAUUCAAAAUA